CCGUUGACGCUAUGCGGUUAAUAAAGAAAAAGAACAGGGAAAAUUGAAACAGUAUGUGGUCUAUCUAUAUACCUGUUAUUCAGAUAUCAUCCCAUACCUGCUGUUUUACCAUCACGUGAAGUAAGGGGCCAGCCUGUUGCUGGUAGCACGUGUGGGGUAUACACGACCUCCAAAGGAAGACGACUUCUAUAGAGAACCGAACGCACUCGCUUCGGUCCAGUGUUCUCUAAAGUUUUGACUUGUUCAAGUGGCAGACACAUUUUUAUUCACCCUAUCAGAUAAACGAAGAAAAAUAAUAAGAAGAAAUAAAAGUAAGUGUAGGAUACUUCGACAAGAUCUAGAGAUAGAUAUAAAUAUAAAGAUAGAUUAUAAAUACUCGUGGUGAGCUCGUGUAUUUAAUUAUUCUUACGAUAAGUUCGCGAUCAGUUGUGUUCUAUAUAAGGAUUUCCUGUUCAUUUCUGACAAGAAAUUCACAAAUAAUUCAGUUCAAUAAUGAUAGCUCGAAGGUUACUGUUAUUACUGUUACAAAUACAUCUUGCACGUUACUGUUACUCAGAGAAAACUUUAAUAACGGUCCACAAUGACAUUGGACUGACACCGAUCGACCCAGAAAUCGCAGAUACGAUCGAUUGGAACAAACAUUACUGUAAACGACUUUGUAAAGAUGGAUCACCACGUCUGAAUUGUCAUUACACUUUUAAAAUCGAAUCUUAUCGUACGAUGAGCAAAGCCUGUUACAAUUGUCCAUUAAAUUCCACCGAUUGUUUCCGUCCUCACUGCAUACCAGCCGAUGGAAUCAAACGCUCGAUUCUGGUUGUUAAUCGGCAGUUGCCUGGACCAUCGAUUCAGGUUUGUCAGGGUGAUAGAGUAAUAGUCGACGUGAUUAAUUUAUUACAUUCCGAAAGUACUACGAUGCAUUGGCAUGGAUUGCAUCAUCAUAAAUCACCCUACAUGGACGGAGUACCGUACAUUUCUCAAUGUCCGAUUCCUCCGGGAUCAACUUUUCGGUACAAUUACGUUGCUACUGAAAUUGGUACCCACUUUUGGCAUUCUCAUAUAGGUUUCCAAAGAGGUGAUGGUCUUUUCGGACCUCUUAUUGUUCGUGCACCACCCUCUAAGAAUUGGCACAAGGAUUCUUAUGACGUGGACGAAUUUACGUUAACCCUUUACGAUUGGACUCACAAUAUGGGUACCGACAUGUUCCUCGCACAUCAUCACUCGAAUGGCAACAACAAACCUAUUAACUUACUCGUUAAUAGUCUCGGACGAUACAAAUCUAAUAAUAGCGAUAUUGACGCUAUUUCCAUGAAAAUGCCUUUAACGACGUUUACUGUUAAACAGAAUCUAAGGUAUCGAUUCAGACUGAUAAACGCUGAAUUUCUUAACUGUCCCAUCGAAGUGUCUAUAGACAAUCAUACUCUCUUCGUCAUUAGCUCAGAUGGACGCGAUAUAAAGCCAGUAGAAGCUGAAUCUUUAGUGAAUUACGCUGGCGAGAGAUUUGAUUUUAUUGUUAAUAUGGACCAAGAAAUUGAUAAUUAUUGGAUCCGAUUCCGUGGUUUGAUGGACUGUGACGAGAGAUUCCUUAGUGCACAUCAAGUCGCUAUUCUUAGAUAUGAGAAUGCUAAAGGUUCAGAACCGGAAGGACAAAUUUCCUACGAUCGUCCUCCGAAUAAUCUACCUGGAUGGAAAGUGAAUGCGUUAAACGAGGGUACGGAAUCGAAUAAUAGUCUUAGCAUACCAUUGCUUACUUCUUUAGAUGAAAAUGACGAUACGAGUAUCAAAAAAGCGGAUUAUCAAUUUUACGUGGCUUAUGAUUUUUACGCUAAGAACAAUCCACAUUUCCAUCGGGAAGGUCUUUAUGGAUUUGAUCAAAUACACGAUUGGUCACAACGACUGUUCACGCCACAAUUAAAUCACAUAUCGAUGAAGUUACCAUCUUUCCCAUUACUUUCGCAACGAGACUUAAUCGAGCCUAAUCAAUUUUGUAACUCGAGUACUGUAACAGGAUGCGAUAAGAAGUAUUGUAGUUGCACUCAUGUUCUCCAAGUGAAGUUGAACAGCGUCGUCGAAGUGAUACUCGUGGAUGAAGGUACAUUUGAUUUCUUGCUAAUUAUUUUUUUUCAGAGAGAAAACAAUUAUUCUGUUAUUGAUUAUUAUUCCACAGGUAUUACUUACGAAGCGAAUCAUCCAUUUCAUAUUCACGGCUAUCAGUUUCGCGUUAUAGGAAUGGAAAGACUAAGCAAAAACGUUACAAUAGACGAAAUAAAAAGAUUGGACGCAGCUGGUAAGAUAAACAGGAAGCUCGACCAUGCGCCAUUGAAAGACACAGUGACCGUUCCUAAUAUGGGCUACACUAUUAUUCGAUUUUAUGCAGACAAUCCAGGAUAUUGGCUAUUCCAUUGUCACAUCGAAUUCCAUGCUGAAAUCGGUAUGUCCUUGAUCUUUAAAGUGGGUGAUCACGAGGCAAUGCAACAAGUCCCACAUGGAUUUCCACGAUGUGGUGAUUGGAAGCAGUCCUCUGAUGAAAAUCCAAGGACCAAUGCAACAUCGACACAAAAGAGUUCAACAACUGAUUCGAAAGAAAAUGAAGUUGGAUGGUCGAACGAAUUACAAUCAUAUAUGAUUAAAUUAAUUCCAUCGCUACAGAAAAGAAUUGAUUCUUCCUCGCCUAAUCUUACCACAUCGACACAUUUGCUAACUUUCUCCAUCAUUAUUUCCGUUAUUCUUAACAUACUAUAUUUGUAGUUUAUAUAUUUCAAACAAAAUUAUUAGAAAUAUGACAUAAAUUUUGACAGCCAUCAUAUUGUAUGUACUUACAUUUCUACGUUUUUACUUGAAAGGAUUUCAAGUUUUAAAAGUAUUCCAAAUAUGUAUAAAAGUAUGUUGUCACUGUGAUAUAUUUAUUAUGACCGGCAAUGAACUUGAAUAGCCAAUAUAUUCCCCUAUUUUUGAUCGUGCCUUGAUCAUAAUGAAAACAUACAAUGAUAAGUCGUUUCUAUACUAACAAUAAGUACUGAUUUAUAUUCAAUAACCAUAAUUUAAUUACGUAUCAGUAUUCGAACGUAUAUUAAUUCUCUUUACCUAACAAAAAUCCAUUUACAUAAUUAACAUUAUCGAUCAUCGAUUAUAUAUCAUUAUCAUCAUCACUUUGACAUCGUAAUUUUAAGAGAGUAUUGUGAUAUUUAAAAUUAAGUCUAAUUAAAUUAUAGAAUUAAUCAAAAUAUGUUUAAAAAUCAUCGAUUGUGAUGUCUCAUUGGUUUUGUCUUUAAUUUCAUACCAUUUACUUACUUAAUACUUAAUGUUUAAUA